AUGACUGCGAUUGCAUCCUCUUCUGCUACCUAUGAUUUUUUAAGGGCAAAAGCUCACAUUGUGGCAAUUAGAAAGUCUUUCGUCUCUCCCGAGCUGAGAAUUGGUACUUGGGCCGCCCGCCCGGGCCUCCGCGGCUUUGGUGAUACCGACGUCCCCGAUUCCGCCACGAGCUACACCUGUCUCCACGUGGUCGGAGACCUCAUCACCCUCCUCGAUGCCAUAGCCCCCGACCAGGACAAGGUGUUCGUGGUGGGCCACGACUGGGGCGCUUACUUAGCUUGGUUACUCUGCCUGUUCCGGCCUGACCGGGUCAAAGCCUUGGUCAACCUGAGCGUGGCUUUCAUGCCUAGAAACCCUCAGAGGAAGUUCAUUGAAUCUGUGAAAGCUGUUUAUGGGGAUGACUAUUACAUGUGCAGAUUUCAGGAGCCAGGAGUGAUGGAAGCUGAGUUUGCCAAACUUGGUACUGCAAGAGUUAUGAAGGAAUUUCUAACAUAUCGCAAUCCUGGUCCACUUUUCCUGCCUGAAGAUAAAAUGUUUGGACAUCCCCCAGAUGCUCCAAUUGUCUUGCCGAGUUGGUUGUCUGAGGAUGAAGUCAACUACUAUGCCAGCAAAUUUGAGAAGACAGGAUUCACUGGGGGCUUGAACUACUACAGAAACUUUGACCUAAAUUGGGAGCUCACUGCAGCGUGGACUGAGGUUCAAGUGAAAGUUCCAGUUAAGUUCAUUGUGGGAGACCAGGACCUAGUUUAUAAUUCUCUUGACGCCAAGGACUUCAUACACAAAGGUGGGUUCAAGAAAUAUGUGCCGCUUCUCGAAGAGGUGGUUGUAAUGGAAGGAGUCGCCCAUUUUAUCAACCAAGAAAAGCCUGAUGAAAUCAGCAAACACAUUCAUGACUUCAUCGUUAAAUUUCACUAAUUAGCUGUCUCUAUAUAUAUGUAUGUUGUAUGCUGCUGCUGUUUCAAACUCUCUGUUAUGCAUUUCUUGUGCAUUCAUUAAUAAAGUGUUUUGUAUUUUGAGAUGGGAAUUCUUCAACUUCAUGUGUUGUAUCCUGGAGAUUGCAGCAGCAGUCCUUGGUGGUGAUGGAUUUGCUCUGUGGUGUUGUUGGCUUGCUCGGUGGUGCGGCUGUUCCUGUUCUAGAUAUAGGGUUUCUUUGUUUAUUGUUUUAUGGGCUUUGUUGUUUAGCUACCUUUGUAUCUUUGGGCCUGCUGUAUUUGUUGGUGCUGGGCUGCAUUUGGAUUGAGUUUUCCUUAUUUUGUAAUGUUUCCUAUCAUUAAUGAAUGGAGUUUCCCUUGAC